UUAAUGACAUUUACGCAUUCCAUCUAAUGCCAAUUGUCAAUGAAAUGAAGGGAAAUUCAUUUUUGACUUUACUUUUUAAAUAAUGUUUAUUGUAUUAAUUUAUUUAAUAUUUUUAUUUAACGGAGCACAGUUUCCAUUUUAUGGGUCACAAUCACUUCUAAAUUCAUGUGGUCAAUUUUAAUUGUGAAAAACGCCCUUGAAAACAGUGUUACAAAAAGUCUAAAGUCAGCCUAGCAACAACACUUGAGUAGAUUUUAAUUCCUAUUUUGAUAAAUAUUGCGGAUUUGUAUACUGCAGCGGUGCCUUUAUGAGAUGAGUGCUGAAGACUCAUCAAGAUUUAUGCUGGAAAAAGAGAAAACAUUCUGAUAAGUAGUUCUAGAUUCUGUAAGUAUUGCAGUGGUGCUUUGUUAGUGUAAGAUGAUAACUCGGCGAUGGUUCCACCCGUCACUGAAUGGGGUGGAUGCGGAGAAGCUGCUGAUGGAGCGCGGACGUGACGGCUACUUCCUCGCGCGCCCCAGCAUGAGCAACAAGGGGGACUUCACCCUGUCGGUCAGAAGGGGGACCGACGUGACGCACAUCAAAAUCCAGAACAACGGCGAGUUUCUCGACCUGUACGGCGGAGAGAAGUUCGCGACGUUGUCCGAGCUAGUGCAGUUUUAUAUGGACAAUCAGGGUCAAUUACGGGAAAAAAACGGCAACAUCAUUCGAUUGAAAACGCCGCUCAAUUGUGCCGAUCCGACCACAGAGCGAUGGUACCAUGGCCAACUCACCGCCAAGGAGGCCGAGAGGAUCAUGCUCGAGAACGGCAGGAACGGCUCGUUUCUGGUUAGAGAGUCGCAAAGACAGCCGGGCGACUUCGUGCUGUCGGUGCGGAUGAGGGACAGAGUGACGCAUGUUAUAAUUAGGAGGAAAGACAACAGAUACGACGUCGGCGGCGGACUGCAGUUCGACGACCUCGUGAGCCUCGUGGACCACUACCGCAACUACCCCAUGGUGGAGACCACGGGCGACGUGCUGAGGCUCAUCCAGCCUUUCAACGCGACCCGCAUCCAGGUGCAACACUUCUACAUGCGAGUCAAACAGUUGCAGAAGGAGAACGAGGGCCCCAUCGAGAGCAUGGCGUACAAACAGGGCUUCUGGGAGGAGUUCGAAACGUUGCAGAUGAUGGAGAACUUGCAACUCUUUGACAGGAUGGAGGGAUCCAAACCGGAGAACAUAAGGAAAAAUCGAUACAAGAACAUCAUACCGUUCGACCACACGCGUGUCAUCCUCCGGGACAUCCCCCCGGACGCCCCGCCGGGCGCCGACUACAUUAACGCGAAUUACAUUCGAUGCGACUUCAUCGAUUCCAAUUCCGACUCUCAAGAUUUCAACGGUAGAAACGAGAACGGCUACCCGCCGAGGGACGGCUCCUCUUCUAAACACAAGGACAAUUCGUCCCCCACGCACACGAGCGUCAUUAUAAUCGACGGCCCCCACAAGGAGCGUUCGAAAGGUCACGGCAACGGCACUCACAAACAUCUGCCGCGGUACGAGCCGAGCGUGCUGCGCGCGAACCCGAACUACGUGAACACGACCAUCCCUAAGACGAAGCACCCCUACGAGAACGGAGCUCUGGACAAAGUAUACAACAAGCUCUACAUAGCGACCCAGGGCUGCCUGUCCAGCACCAUUCACCAGUUCUGGGCGAUGAUAUGGCAGGAGGACGUGCGCAUAAUAAUAAUGACGACUAAAGAGAUCGAGCGCGGCAAGGUGAAGUGCGAGCGCUACUGGCCCGAGCUGAACAAGACGGAGGUGAUCGACAAGUAUUCUAUAUUGAACGAGUCCGAGUCGGCGACGCAGGACUACACGUUGCGUCGCUUCAUCGUGACUAACACCGACCUAUCGGCGCAAAGGACGAUCUACCACUUCCACUUCGUAGCGUGGCCGGACCACGGCGUGCCGUCGGAGCCCGACCGCGUGCUCAACAUCCUGCUGGACGUCAACUGCCGGCUGCAGCAGAUCAUGUCUGGGCCCGACGCGCCGCGCCAGGUCGUGGUGUGCGUGCACUGCUCGGCCGGCAUCGGCAGGACCGGCACCUUCAUCGUCAUCGACAUGCUGCUGGAUCAGAUACGGAAGGAGGGCUUCGACUGCGAGAUCGACGUGCACCGCACCGUGCAGAUGGUCCGCGACCAACGCUCCGGUAUGGUGCAGAACGAGGCGCAGUACAAGUUCAUCUACAUGGCCCUGUUGGAGUUCAUCGAAACCGAGAAGCAGCGCGUCGGCUUGGUGGCGUUGAACCCGACGCAGGCGCUGGACUCUUUGCGAAUUUGAUCCCAGUCCAUUUCUAAUGUGUGUACAUUUCGGGAAAGGAAAACAAAUCUUUUUAAACGCUUUAUCAAUCGAAAAUAUCGUUAGGGGUAGGUACUAAAAGUCUCCCAAUGGUAGUGUUGUACUCGUUAGAUUUGUUAGGUGUAAACUUUCGAAUCUAUGCUGUUUAAUUAUUUGAUUUUAAUUGAUAAUUGCAAUACAUAUUAUAUAUUUCUAUACUUACAUAAUUAAUAUAAAGUGUUGAAAGGUGUGUUCGAAUUAAUCUCACAUUUUUUAUUUGUCCAUCUUUAAAUGGACGCAUAAAAAUUUAAAAACGAAUUUUUCUCUAAAGAUCCACAUUAUUUAAUUUUCGUUAUUGAUACUUUUGGGAUGCAUUCUGGUUUAAAAUUCUGAUAUAUUAAAUCUUUUGACAUAUUUUUGGCCAUUUAUGGUUUUAGAGCAGGUACAACCGUACAAGUAGUAUUUAAAAAAAUACUGACUGUCUGUAUCAUCAUUGCUAUCCAGAAACAUACGCGUUAAAUCUAACGUUUUCGUUUUCGUAGAUUUUAUUUAUGCAAAAUUUGACCAUCACGAAAUCCUAUGAAUAGUUCCAGCAUGGCGCAUGGUACGUAAAUGCAUCCUAAAAUUCGAAUACAAAGCGAGUUAAUCGAGUAAGAGAUUUAAAUGUAGUUUAAACAAAAAUAUAUACUCACGUUGGCAGCGUGACGAUGCGUUUAAUACUUCACAAAUUUGAGCCAAUACACGUCACGACUCGACGGAGUUAGCGUAAAUUUGUCAUAUUUAAACAUCGAUCUCCUAUUAAAAAGUGGAUGCACAAUCAGCGACCAAAAAACACAUUGUCCCGCUGCCAAUGUCAGUUGACUUUUGUGUUUAGAGAUGGUGAUAAAAAAGUAUAUAUAUGAAAUGGAGACCUGAUGAAUGUUUCAAAUACUUUCUUUAAAAUUGUACUAAAUACAUGAAGCCUGAUUAAAGGAGAUGGGCUUCAAAGUGAUCUCGAAUCGAUUUUGAAUUGAAUUAGACAGAUUUUAUAAUAUUAUAUUUUUUAUCUUGUAAAGGGAAUGUUUUAUAAUUGUGUCACACUUUUAGAAAGAACUUAGUAUAUUUAUCUCGUUACUAUCACAAAUCUUCAAAUACCGUAAUAUUGUCCAUAUUAUUACUAGCGACAUCUAGUUUAGCUUCUAUAGUAAACUUGAAACCAUCCUGCGCUUAAAUCGCAAAUAAAAAACUUUCCUAAUCCACUUGUGGUGUAAGAUCUAUUGGGUAUAUUAACUGUGAUUAAUUUUGAAACUUGAGGGUAUCACACAAGAUGCAAAAUUACAUCAAAAGGCUUGUUAGUCAUAGGCAUCUAAAUACUUUGAAGAUAUUUGAGGUGUGACGAAAAUAAAUAGUUCCCUUGUGACGAAAACGACUGUUAGAAAAUUGGAGAAUACGCAGUACCUCCUAAAAUUUACGUUUAGAAUACCAGAAUAAUGUUCAUUAAAUCAUUGACUAUUAUAGUAGCCCCAUCUGACAUGUUAGAAAUUACAUAGAUUAUAAAAUAUUAUAGUGGCGUAAAUAUUUUUCUAUUAAAUUGGUAAAAUUUUGUUACAAAGUUCGUAGGUUAUGGUAUAGGUGGAACAUUGAUUGUAGAAACAAAUAUUCAAUACCACAUGCAACUUCUGUGUAGUCGAUCACUGAGUUACAGUUUUUACACUUUCUCCACAAGUGAAAAAACUAGUGCUUUAAUGUAUAACAUCCAUAACUAAUAUUUGAUAACAACACCAGACGCCCAAAGGGUGGUGUAUUGAAAAUCUAUUUCUACAAAAAUGUUAUUAUAUCAAAGACACUUAUCUUUCGGCCACAUUACCUCCAAAUUAAAUGUUUAAUAAAGUUUAUUUUAAUAUAAUUAGGUAGGUAUAGUAUUUCAAAUAUCUCUACCGCCAAUAAAAAUGUUUCUUUUAUAUAAUCAAAAUCAUUGAUAUUCUACUCUUUAUUUACCUCUGUAACAAGUUUUUUUUUUAAUAUAUAUUUUGCAUAUUAUAAAAUUGAGGUGCUUUAUAUUAUUAUAUGAAUUUGUCCCUAUUACGCCUUAGGCGUUUGGUGCGUUAUAUUUUUAAGAAAUUUAUUUUCUAUUUUUAAUAGAUGAUAUGUACCUAGAUGAUAGGACCGAUUGAGCAAUAAAUUAUUGUUAACUUAAAAAUAAUAUUAAUUUUGUACCAAUUAGGUAGUAUUUUAAAUUUGAAAUAACAAUAAUUUUAUACGAAUUAGUAUAAGGUACAAAUCGAAAUUACAAGGUUAGAUUUUGUUCAAGGGUUUUAUUUGCGAACCAAUAAUAGAGUCAAUGGCAAACAAACAGCAAGUGUCUUUUUAAUAAGUUUUUGUAACGAAUGUAAGAAUUUGAAUUAUUAUAUAAAAAUAUUGGUAACAAGAUUUCGUAACUAAAGAAUUUGUUCUUACUCCUUACAAAGUAGUCUUAUCGAUUUAAUAGUUAUUUUUGUGAUGCGCAGAUUUUAUAACAAACGUACCUAACCUAAUCUACCCUGUAGGUUGGUGUCACAUGUUGUUUGUUGAUCUACUAUUUGGACUGAAAUAAAUAAAUGAAUAUAUUUGGACAAUACACAAAUCGGUAUUAGGUUUCCAGUCUUAAAGUAAUUGUAACUUGAGUUAUUUAUACCAAUAAGUAUAGCUAAUCAAUAUCUGACAGAGAGGUGUUAUUUUAAAUGAUUUAAUGUAAUAUUUGAAAUGACUUGUCAUUGUCAUUGGCGUAUCUAGGAUUAUUUCCUGGGAUGGGCCUGGCCUCUUGACAUGACAAGAGUCAAGAUUCUUUAUUAUAGUACUAUUUAAUUAAAUACUAUGUAAACUAUCAGUAUUUUGGAGUCCACAAUAGAGUUUCAAAUCGGUAGCCCAAAAUCCUAGGGUGGGCACGGCCUACCCAGCCCUACCCCUAUAUACGCCUAUGCUUGUCAUUUUAAUAAAGUUUUGGUAACGAACAAUGGCCUUAUUAAAAUUACACCAACGUCAGGGGCACAUAAAUUGUAACACAUCAAUCCCGUGGUGUACCUAACUAUAGGUCGGCAGGGCUAAGGUAUUGUAACGUCGCGGCCCCCUGGUUGGAAAAAGCCCAGCCCACGAGGCCGUGAGCUCCGAAAUAAUGAAAUAUAAAAAAUUAAAAAAGCGUGCACACGACUGAAGUAAAACUUCUUUCAAAAAUAAAAACAAAGCGCCAUCUAUGAGCCUCAGGCAUAAUUGCAUUGCAGCAAGUUCUUGUAGUUUAUAAAAAGGGAUUGUUUCAAAAUUCUCUAAGAACGCCAUCUACUGAUAGUUUAAAAUAACAAACAUUGUUUCACUACGCCUGUAGAUGGCAACACUCAUUUACUGAUUUUCGUAACGCGUUUACAAAUUACCUCCUCAUGUCAAGCGUUCGUAAAACAAGUUUUACUUCAAUUGUAUAGUUACGCCACUGCAUCAAACCCAUGUGUGUAAAAAAAUUAUGUAAAUCAAAGCAUGCAAAAGAUAAGAUGAUAUAAUUAUCUAUAUUCAUAUUUUAAACAAUAAUUGUAGACCAUGCAAUUAUCUACAAAAAUAAUAGCCCUUACACAUUUUUCCAUUCACCAUUCACUUACAUUUACUUUCUGAGAUAAAUCAAAUGAUAAAUUGUUGCUCAAACGAUUUACACUAUUUUACGUUGUUGGCAUUUUAAUUGUAAUAUAUUCCAAUUUGUAAAGCUGAGCUUAAGUAUAUUGCAUGGAGUUAAUAGAGAGAACCAAUUUAUCUGCAAAAGAUAUAUAUUGUGUUAUAUAUUAUAAUGAAUAAAAUGUGAUAUUGUACAA